AUGGAUUCUAAUUAUUGUCGAGGCUGCUUAACGAAAUAUGAACCAGUGGAUUUAUUUCCAUAUACUGAAAAAAGUAGAAGGCUGUUUGUUUAUUCCACAGGGUUGCAGGUAAAACGUAAUGAUGCUUUUCUGUUCCAACUCUGUAAAGAAUGUUGUAUAAACAUGAAAGUUGCAUGUAAUUUUAAAAAAACUUGUCGCAAUUCUGAUAAGAAGUUAAAGAGCUAUUUACAAAGUAAAGAAUCUGGUGAUAAUACAGAUUUGGGCAUUUUCCUUAAAAAUAAUGAAGAUACUUUUAAAUUAAGGCUUCCUAUAAAUAUCGGCAAUAGUACACCUGCUUACCACAUAAACAAGGAUGAUGAUAAUGAAUCAACCUGUACAAGUAUACAAAACUUCAUGACAGACAUACUUCAAGCUGAAGAAAUCCCAGAUAGUGAAGCUCGUAUUAUCUGUGAGGUAAUAGAAGAAGAAGCUGAUAUAUUGGAGGACUCCCUAGACUCACAUUGGUUGCAAGAAGAUGUGUCUGUUGAUAGUGAUUUUAAAAUGGACUUUUCUUUCAGUCCAUUCUCUACACCACAUUCAGUCAACAAUGGUACCUUUUACUGUCCAAAGAAAUUUAAUGAUUUAACUCAAGAUGAUAAAAAAAAUAAGGUACUUGAUGUUAAUCUAGAAACCAUAAACGAAAAUACUACAUACUUCAAUAAACCUGUCAUAGAAUUUAAUUUAAAUGAGAUUUUAAAAAAGGAAAUCCAUUUAACUAAAGACAUUGAAGAAAACAAAUGUGUGAUUGAUGCUAAUUUAGAAAAUGCAUUGAAAAAUGAUACUGCUGAAAAAGUAAUGUUAGAUGAUAUACUCUUGACGCCUCCAGUACUACCAAAUAUAUCAGGUCCACCAACACCAGAAAUAGCAAAUAUUCUAUUUGGCGACAAAAUAAAUGAAAAAAGCAUUGUUAGUCAAGAAAUAGUUAAUAGUAAAAAUAAUGUUUGCCAAGAAGACAUAGAUGUUUUAGAUGAAUUCUUAAAAGUUAAUAAUUCAAAGCGAAAAUCUGUAGAUAUUGAUUUUGAUGACAGCCUUAUAGAUAUGGAGGAGAUUGAAAACAUACAAAAUUAUUUUAAUAAAAAUUCACCAAAAAAAGAUAAAAAUAUUGAAGUAAAAGAUAUAAAGAGACCUACAUCACCUAUAGAAAAUAAGUAUUGUAUAACAAAUUUCUAUUGUAAAAUGUGUAAACGUCAGUUUAAAAAUUUGGUCGCGUUGAAAGUACAUUGCACAAAACAUCACAAGUUCAAAAUUGAGAAACCGAAGACAAAGAGAAUUCGUAAGAAAUACAUAUGUGACUAUUGCGGACAAUUGUUUACAUCAUCUAGAUGUAUCGCGAAGCAUCUUGCUAAUCAUCAGAACCCUAGUACAUAUAAAUGUGAAAAAUGCACUUUAAAAUUUUCAUCAGAAGCCACAUACAGGAAACAUUUAAGCGUCCACACGGGAAUUAGAACAAAAAAAGUGAAUGGAAAAAAUUAUGUAUGUAACACAUGCGGCGCUGUGUGCAGCAAUUCGUCGAAUUUUAAUAUUCACAUACGGAGACAUUCAAACAAGUAUACACAUAAUUGUGAAGUUUGUGGCAAAGGGUUCUACAGAACUUCAGAUUUAACUCUACAUAUGAGAUAUCACACAGGAGAGAAACCCUAUGCAUGCCACUUGUGCCCGAGAAGGUUUACCAGACAAGAUUCUCUUUGCAGGCAUAUAAAAUGUCAUACGGGCGAGAAACCGUUUUCCUGCCAAUUUUGUGACUCAAAGUUUUGCAAAUCAUAUGAUUUGAAAGUGCAUCAAAAGAAUUCAAAGAAAUGUCUUGAACAACAGAAGUUGAUUGUUGAAGAGAGCACUGAAGAUAUUAUGCAAAAAAUACUUAUAACUGAAGCUCUUGUAUUU